ACGUUAUCCGCGAUGCCGUGACCUACACCGAGCACGCCAAGAGAAAGACCGUCACCGCCAUGGACGUCGUGUACGCGCUGAAACGACAGGGACGCACUCUGUACGGCUUCGGAGGAUAAACACGUCUGUGUUCGCAGAAAACCACAAAGGCUCUUUUAAGAGCCACACACGUUCUUGAAAAGGCUGUUUUAUUAUCGAUCUUAGUAAUGUUAGUGUUGAUCUCGUUUUUUAUGCUUUUCUUACAAUGAAUGCACACAUUUUAAUGUUUAUUUGUUUCACAGUAUGUAACGUUUUAUGAUGAAAAAAAAGGAGAUCGAGUUAAUGGUUGCUUGUAAAACGACCCCCACCUCAAGGAAUCUAUUUAGCGCGGAUAUUAAAUGAGUCAUCUGUCCAUUCUAGACUAGCUCAUUUGACGCAAAAAAAAAGUAAAUCAGAAAUCCGUUUAUACAGAAUGGACGCUGGAAAGGAAAGACAAUGAAAAUGGGUUCAUGUGGAAGAUUAUUCAUAAAUAGAGACUACAGAGCGGAUGUUCGCCCAACCCACUUUUUCCCCCAAUGGAAUACCCACUAGGACAGUCGUCGUGUGAAUACACCCAAUCAGAGAGAAAGAUACUCCAUUUCACAAGAGAAUGGGCGUCAAAGAGCGAGUUUGGCCAUUUCAGUGUAGGAAAGACGUGUGAGGAGGAGCUCGCUGGUCUGACCCUACACAACAGAAGCGCUUUCUUCAUGUGUUAAUGAUCUGGUAUGAGCCACAGAAACACAUUAACGCUCCACGAUAAAAAGGCAGCACAUUUUUAGCUUUAUUGUCAUUUCUUCACGAUGGCACACACACGCGAGGAAGCUCUGCAGACGAUCACAGACAGUGAUGAAGAGUUAACAUGUUCUUCAGACGACGACGAAGAUUUGGAGGACGAAAGCUUUCAUUGUAAGAAACAAUCUGAAACAACAAAGGAUACAAUUUAUAAUGAGAACGUGGUACCUUCAGGGGCAUAUUACACGAGGGCGGCAUACAAGCGUCAUUCAGUUAUCAGCGCUGUAGACCAUCUUAACCAAUGUGAGUGUGACAGUGACCAGAUGCCUGCUGCAAAGAGAGUCAGGACUCUUUCAUGGAAAGCAGAGACUGAUGUUGACCAAGUUCCACAGACUCUGAGAUUCCUGCCUGCUCGGGAACCAGGACCACAGAUGUCUACUGCUGACUCACACUCUCCCAUGAGUCUUUUCAAACUGUUUUUCACAGAGAGUGCCAUGGAAAACCUAUGCCACAACACAAAUGCUCAGGCUGCCAGGGCAAUGGCAAAGGGCUGCAAGUACAAAUGGACAGAUGUCAGUGUUGAUGAGCUGUAUCGCUACAUCGGACUCAUAUUCUACAUGUCUGUGGUGAAGAUGAGCUCCAUCGCUGACUACUGGGGAAAGGACAGUCUUUUCUCUCUGCCUUUUCCCGCCACAGUUAUGUCAAGGGACAGAUACCGCACCAUUUCCUGGAAUGUACACAUGAGUCACCCAGACGCAGAUGAGGAAAACGACAGAAAGAGGGGCACAGACCAACAUGACCGUCUGUUCAGGAUCAAACCCCUCAUGGACACGAUUCGUCUUGCGUGCAAAGCCUUCUAUCAUCCUAGAAGAAAUGUAGCUGUGAAGGAGAGAUUGGUGGCAUGCAGAGCAAAUAUAGGAAUGACCGCAUACAUGAAAGCCAAGCUGACAAAGUUCAAGUUUUUUGUUCUUUCAGACUCAUCAAAUGGAUAUAUUGUGGACUUCUCCGUCUACACGGGGAAGAAUAGUUUUCCUGCAGACCGUGGGCUUUCGUAUGAUGCUGUGAUGUCUCUCCUGGACCGUGAACAUUUGGGCUCUGGGUACCAUGUGUACAUGGAUGAUUUCUACACCAGUCCAAAGCUCUUCACAGACUUGUUUACUCUGAAGUUUGGUGCUUGUGGGACGUACAGGGAGCAGAGGAAGGGCUUCCCAAAGACUGCAGCUAAUUCACUGAGCAGAAGCUCCAGCAGGGGAUCCAUCAGGUGGAUUCGGGAUGGGCCUCUUGUGUGUGUGAAGUGGAUGGACACGCAAGUGGUGUCUGUUUGUUCCACCAUACAUGCUGCCUAUACAGGAGAGCACAUGAAAAGGAACGUCAAAGGACAAGAUAAAUGGAAGAUGAAGUCUUUUCCAUGUCCUGCACCUGUGACUGCAUACAGCCAGCACAUGGGGGGUGUUGACCUGUCCGAUCAGCUUCUGCAAUACUACUCUGCACAGCACAAAACUAUGAAGUGGUACAGAAAAAUCUUCCUACACUUCUUGGACAUUGCUGCCAACAAUGCUUUCAUAUUGCACAAAGAGCUGCACGGCAACAUGACUCAUUAUCAGUUCAUGGAGGAGCUUAUUGCAGAGCUCUGUGGCAUGUCACAGAAAGCAGCACCAAAACAGUAUAGCACAGACCAUGUGCCAAUUCCAGGAGCUGAGCUGACCUCAGACAUCAGAAGAGUUGCUUCUGUCGGUCGCCGGAUCUGUGUGCAUUGCAAAGCAGUGCAUAGAAAGAAGCUACAAACACCUUGGAAAUGCCAGGCUUGUGACGUUCACUUGUGUCUUCAGUUGAACAGAAAUUGUUUCCAGGAAUGGCACAAAAGUCUGUGAUUUGUGUUCAAAUGUAUCAUAGUUUUUCCAGAAUGAAAGAAUAAUUCAAAGUUAUUGAGUUGUAUUCUGACAAAUCAUCGCAAUGACUAGUUAUGGCUACUUAAAAUGUAUGGCAUUUAUAGUACUUCUCUACAAUACUGUAUUUUUGAUCAAAUAAACUCGGCUUCAAUAUAGUAUUCAGACUUU